AUGGACGAGUUUGCACGACAGCGAGAGCACAUGGAGAGGUCGCUGGAGACGCUGAAGCGGAGGGCGGCCAAGAACGAGGAGGCGGUGAAGAUAAACAAUCAGAAGAAGGCGACGGAGAACGCUGUGCUGAUCGAUGAGCUGAACGCGCUGAGGAGGGAGAAGCGGCUGCUGGAGGUUAAGGUGCAGGAGCUCACGUCCGAGGUGCAGGUGGGUACGAGAAAGAGGAAGGGCAAGGGGGACGAGGAGCCGGCCGAUGUUACCGCUGCCAACACUCCUGCUCCUGCCGUCGACGUCUCCUCCUCCAAGGAGCCAGCUGUCAACAGCCGCCCAACCUCCAACAGGAGGACGAGCCCCAGGAGGAGGAGGAGGAGGAGGAGGAGGAGGAGGAGGAGGAGGAGGUAG